UGGCGUUUAUUGCUUCAGUUAAGAAAUCUUACACCGAACAUCCCCGACAAUUUAACAAGCAAACCUCCCUGACUUCUUUCCAUUAAAAGCUCCUUUAUUUAUUGGACUUGAUUGUUUGGCACCAGAUGGCUGCAUUAAUAUCCCAAUUGUAGAUUUCAAUUGAAGUUUGGAUACUUGGGUGCGUUAAUUGUAUGUGCUGACAGAGCCAGCCGAGUGGAAAAAUCCCCAUCCAAUUGUGGCAAUAAGACACGUCAAUUUUGACGUUGCAAUGGACGGUCAACUAUUGGAGCCAACGUUGUAUACGAUCAAAGGUAUAAGUAUCUUGGAUAAUGAUGGGAACAGGAUACUGGCCAAGUAUUAUGACAAAAAUAUUUUUCCAACGUCCAAGGAGCAGAAAGCGUUUGAGAAAAAUUUGUUUAAUAAAACACACAGAACUAAUGCGGAAAUUAUAAUGUUAGAUGGGCUCACGUGUGUGUAUAAAAGUAACGUUGAUCUAUUUUUUUAUGUAAUGGGGAGCUCGCACGAGAACGAGCUGAUUUUAAUGAGCGUGUUGAAUUGUUUAUACGAAUCUGUAAGCCACAUUCUUCGUAAGAACGUUGAAAAGAAGGCAGUAUUGGAUAGUUUAGAUAUUGUUAUGCUGGCAGUUGAUGAAAUUUGUGACGGUGGUAUAAUUCUCGACGCCGAUGCCACCAGUGUUGUUCAAAGAGUAGCCUUGAGGACGGAUGACAUACCUUUAGGCGAACAGACAGUUGCACAAGUUUUACAAUCCGCCAAAGAGCAACUGAAAUGGUCAUUAUUAAAAUAAUUUUACAUUUAAUUUCUAAAAUUUUAAUAUUUUCAUAAAACAAGUAUUAUGUUUAAUUAUUUUUUAAUUAAGAACUGAUAAGAUAUAUGCAUUCCAAGAUUGCAUUAUUCUUUCUACAUUGGUAAACUUAUAAACGUUAAUUAGUGACAAAACUAUUCUAAUUAUUAUUUUACGAAUGACAGUU